AUGACCAUGAGCUCGAUGGCCGAGACCCUGCUGGGCUCCGACCCCUCCAAAGCCGCGUUCCUGGAGCUCGGCCCCCCCCAGCACUACCCCCCCCUGCACGGGCUCUCCCAGCACGACCCCCCGCCCUUCCCCUCCUUCGGCCGGCCCGGACCCUUCCCCUACCCCGGCGGGGCCCCCCCGCCCCCCCACGGGGGUCCCUUCCUGCCCUACGCCCCCCCCGGGGCCCCCGGGGCCAGGCUGCAGGACACAGAGCCCGAGAAGCCCCUGGCCGUGCCCAACGGCGAGCUGAGGCUGGCAGGGAAGGCCAAGAAGCUGCGGAAGCCCCGGACCAUCUACUCGAGCCUGCAGCUGCAGGCGCUGAACCAGCGCUUCCAGCAGACCCAGUACCUGGCGCUGCCCGAGCGCGCCGAGCUGGCGGCACAGCUGGGGCUCACCCAGACCCAGGUGAAGAUCUGGUUCCAGAACAAGCGCUCCAAGUACAAGAAGAUCCUGAAGCAGGGCCCGGGUGCCGAGGGGGAGCAGCACCCCCAGAGCACCCCCGCGCUGUCCCCCUGCUCCCCCGGCCUCCCCCCGCUC